AUGAACCCUAGAUCAAAACCCGAUUCGGCGACGGUGUUGUCCUCCUAUCCAGAUUCUGGUGGCCUUGGGUGUGGCUAUGUGAUGAAUAGAUGGGGCUUCGCGGUGGGUUCGGUAUCAAUGGCGCUUGGAGAUGGUGUCGCGGAUGAGAGAUCGAGUCCCAGAGGCGAUGAUGACAGUUGCGUCUUUGCAAAAGCUGGUGGAGUGGAGGGUUGUUGCGGGAGACACAGUUCCGGGGGAUGCAGGAAGUGCGACGGAAAAGUUUUAAAGCCACUUAUUGAGGAGCUUAACAUAUUGUGGGAAGUCGGGGAACGUGUAGUAUCCAGGGUAUUGUCAGCUACGAAUGAGGAAGGUCGAGUUAAAGGGGAGAACUCCAUCGAACAUGUCACAUGUGAGGAAGAUGCUAUUGAUGCUGACGACAAUGAUGAGAGACUUACUAAAUCAUCUAAUGCUUCUGAUAAAGCAUUUGAGGUCUUACUUACUAUGCAAGGGAAACAACAUAUUGAAUCUUCUAGCAAAGUAAACAAUAUCAAGCAUCGUGACGAAACACCGCCUGAUGUUCGAGUACGGAAACUAAAGGAUCGGCUCAUCCAAGCUAAAGUUUAUCUUUCCCUUCAGGCAGUUAGGAACAUUCCCCAUCUCACUCGGGAACUUCGGCUACGGGUAAAGGAAGUUUCACGAACAAUUGGAGAGGCAAGCAAAGAUUCUGACUUGCCAAGGAAUGCAAAUGAGAGAAUGAAGGCAAUAGAGAAAUCAUUGAUGAAAGCAAGGAAAAUUCAAGAUGAUUGUGCCACAUCCGUGAAGAAGCUUAGGGCUAUGCUCCACUCAUCAGAGGACCAGCUUCGCGUGCACAAGAAACAUACCUUAUUCUUAACACAGUUGACAGCUAAAACACUGCCUAAAGGUCUCCAUUGUCUUCCGUUGCGCCUUACAACUGAAUACUAUAACUUGAACUCUUCUCAGCAACAAUUCCCCAAUCAAGAGAAGUUAGAAGACCCUGGACUAUACCAUUAUGCAAUAUUCUCAGAUAACAUAUUGGCCACAGCUGUUGUUGUGAAUUCUACUGCUGCCCAUGCUAAGGAUUCCUCCAAACAUGUUUUCCACAUUGUAACUGAUAAGGAUAUAGAUGGUGAAUUUCAAGAGGACGACGUAGAUGAAGAAUUUAUGGAGGAUGACAUAUCUAACGAAUUUCAAGAGGACGAUCUGGAUGCUUUACUCCUAGAAGACAAACUUGAAUGA